GGCACAUGGCGGCCACUGUCAAACAAAAGCAGCUGCAGCAUAACAGCUGAUUGUCAAUUCGUAUUUUUUAUGGUUAGAAUGAAGUGUUUGUGCAAUAGUUCAUAAAACCCAAUAAAAUUGAAUACAAUGGCGUUUUUGGCUAAAGGAUUGCUUUCGGUGGCGCGGCAGCCUUGCUUCAUUAAUAAUUUAACACACUCAUUUCGUGCGCUUAGCAUUACACAGCGCCUGCUGCAACAACAAAAACCAACUUUGGUAAAUGCCGCAGUUGUAGCAAAUAAAAGUGAAAAGAUUUCAGAACUCGAACAAAAAGAAUGUCAAGAUGUUUUCGAUAAAGUUAACAAACAACUUGACGAACGUAAAGAGGGUCGUUUGUUUGCUAUUGUACAUUUGUGUGGCAAACAAUUUAAAAUAACAGCUGGCGACAUCAUACUAGUGGAGGGUUAUUGGCCACCAACAAUUGGCGAUGAAAUUCGUUUAGAAAAAGUAUUGUUGGCUGGUGCAAUGGAUUUCACCCUAAUUGGCCGGCCAAUACUGCCAGCCGGUUUGGUGAAUGUGAAGGCGACAAUUAUUGAGAAAACCCUAACGCAUACGAAAACACAUUUCAAGAAGAAGCGCAGGAAGCAAUACAUGCGUAUCAACUUCCAACGUUCGCCAAAUACAAUGAUCCGCAUAAAUUCAAUUGAGGUUGAGCAAAAAGUAGGUGGUCCUUUGCAAGUAAUCAGUGAGCCACGUAUUUUUUAGUUGCAUUUUUUCAACUGUUGUACAUAAAGUGUAUCAGUCAAUAAAGUAGUUAAAUCAUAUUUUGUUUUUAGGAUAUACGAAAA